AUGGCCGCGGAGGAUCUGCCCAUCGACCUCGGCGAGGCGGGGUUCAUGGAUGACCCCGAGGACUACUAUCCCCCAACUCCCCCGCCCACCCAGGAGAUCUUCACAAUGAAGAGCGGCAAGUCCAUCACGCUGCACCUGGUCGGCCACAGCCCCACGGAGGCACACACACUGUGGAACGGGGCGAAGAUCAUAUCGGACUACUUCGAGAAGGACCCCUCGAGGAUCAAGGGCAAGACGAUGCUGGAGCUCGGGGCGGCCUCGGGCCUGCCAUCCCUCGUCGCGGCGAUCCUGGGGGCGAAGAAGGCCGUCAUGACCGACUUCCCAGACCCCGACAUCGUUGCCACGAUGCAGAAGAACAUUGACGAGUGCGACGAGACGAUGGAGGUCAAGGGCCAGCUGGCAGGGACGAUCGACGCAAUGGGCUUCGUCUGGGGCAGGGAGCCCGAGCCGCUGCUGGAGAGGCUGUCCGGCGACGGGCAGGCCAGGUUCGACGUCCUCGUCCUCGCCGACCUGCUCUUCCGGCACAGCGAGCACGGGGCGCUCGUCAAGACGAUCAAGGAGACGAUGCGCAGGUCCCCCGAGAGCGUGGCCUACGUCUUCUUCACGUCAUACCGGCCGUGGAAGAAGGACCUGGACAUGGCCUUCUUCGACGUGGCCCGGGACGCUGGGCUGGAGGUGGAGCAGGUAGAGGAGAUCCAUCUGCAGAAGCCGCUGUUCAAGAACGACCCCGGCGACCUGGACGUGCAGAAGACGGUCAAGGGCUUCGCCCCCAACCAUGCGGCUGGCCCUCGCCCGAAGAAGCUGAAUCUCGACCAUCUCCCUCUUGAGAUUGUUCUACGGAUCUAUGAAUUCGCUCUCGUAGAACGCCCGAGAUGGGAGAAGACGCACAAGCCAACUUGCAAAUACAAGCCCAAGUUCGGCGACGACAUCUACGAGAACCCACCGUUCCUCCAGUCAAAGGUGACCGUCUGCGCUGACAUGAGGCUGAAGACCGAGUGCUCCUGCUCCUGCGCCAAGCGCACCGGGCUCGGGCUCCUCCUCGCCUCCAAGGGCGUCAACGAGCUCGCGGCCCCGAUCUUCUGGUCCAAGAACACAUUCUGCUUCCUCGAUGCCAUCGAGCUCAUCGCAACGGUCGGGCGCCUCCUCCGACCUGCCUAUGUGGAGAUGAUCCGGGCCAUCAGCAUCAUGAACCCAGACCAGAGCGGAUACACGGGCCACGUGGACUACACACUAUCUAAAGGCAAGCAACGGCACGUCUUCUGGGACACCAUCGAGAGAUGCAAGGGCCUCGAGAGCCUCGACAUGCCGGGGGCCUACAUCUCAGCAACCAAGUGGUUCGCGCAGCGGAUGGCCAAGCUCCCCGCUAAGGCGCCCUCGCUCAAGACCGUGAGGUUCAACUUCCUCCUCACCUUCACAUCCUACGACAUGUGGAGCGAGUACCCCUCGCCGUGGUGGGACCACUACUUCCCGGACGUCAUCUACGCGCGGUGCUCCCGGGCCUUCUCCCUCAGGGACCAGGACUGGAGCCCCAAGGCGGUGCAGGAGCUCGCGAGGAGCCUCAAGUGGAACUUCCGCGUGUACGUCGGCACCGCCAUCAAGACCAGCUUCCUGGGGGCGAGCAAGGAGAGGCCCGAGAGCUACAAGGACACCUUCCGGCUCGCGGCGGGCAUCGACGAGUACUCCAGCAGGCGCCGCGUCACCCUGCCGACGGGGGAGACGACCACGGUGCGGUUCUACGGGUUCCCCCUCAGCAAGCGGGACAGGAUGGACCAGGUCAGGCGGAAGAAGGCGCUCGACGGGCAGCAGAGGAAGAUCAACAAGCUCACCCACUCCCAGAACGAGGCGGUGGUCAAGGCCAAGGAGGAGAGGAAGACCAAGCGGGAGACGCAGGUGACGGAGAACAGGGCGACUCACAACCAGGCGAUUGCGGAUCGCGGCCAGCGGCUCCUGGACCUCAAGGCCGAGGAGGACAGAGCCGCCAGGAAGCAGCAGCGGAAGAUUGGCAGGAUGACCAAGAGGAAUGCCGAGAUACACAGAAGCGAGAGGAAACGAGUUCCUUCCGGAAGGGGUCUUGUUGGGCACACACUCACACACACACACACGCUGCGUAUACGGAAGAAAACACAUCACAGUUGCUUCACUUUCCGGGCCCAAGGACGAGGAUACCAUUACCCGCCUGGCCGGUCUAGACUCUCAGCACACCUACCUACGUCAGACGCACCUGGGCACCCCACCACAGCACGCAUGUCGUCCACACCGCAUCUUUCCCAGCUGGAGAGGGACGGCUUCGUGGUGGUCAAGGCCAUCGCCAGCCCAGCCAAGCUCGAGCGCCUCCGGGACGCAAGCACCAAGGCAACUUCGCUUGCCCGCUCGGGUGGCUGGCCCCACGUCCGCACCGUCGGCAAGCAGUUCCCUCCCUGGAGCGCCGCCGAUGCCGCGGAAAAGGGUAUCUGGGGCGUCCAGCACCUCAUGAAUCCGGACCUGGCUGGCCACGACCUCUUUGCGGAGCAGUACUUCUCUGAGGAGGUCCUGUCCAUCGUCCGCGAGCUGCUGCAGUGUUCCGACGACGAUCUCAUCAUGGAGCUCUUCAACAUGCUCGUCCGCCCCGAGUCCGACUUCGAGCUCAGGUGGCACCGCGACGACAUCCCCGCCGAGGCGUCGGCUCAAGAGGAGAUGGAGCGGCUCGCCAAGCCCGCCUUCCACGCCCAGUACAACUUCGCCCUCUUCGACGACGACUCGCUCGUCGUCGUCCCGGGCUCGCACAGGCGCGCGCGCACCGACGCAGAGCGCGCGGCCGGGCCCUUUGAGAAGGUGCUGCCGGACCAGCUCGUCGUCAAGCUGGGACCAGGGGACAUUGUCUUCUACAACAACAAUAUCCUGCACCGCGGCGUGUACGACUCAAGCAAGGAGCGCAUGACUCUGCAUGGUUCGGUUGGGCAUGUGGGCGGGAGCGCUCUCCGGGCGAGGAAUGUGCUGCAGCAUGGGGUUGGGGAUUGGGUUGCGGGAUGUAAUUUUAGCAGGCUAGAGGGUCGCGACAGAGAGCGGGCUGAGGCCAUGAGGGAGAGAUUAGUAAAAAUGGGCAGCGCGAGUGGUGAUGUUGGCUAUUCGCUCCAGGGAUGA